GUCCUGGGAGUCCGGACGCCCCACCGCCUCGUAGCCGGGGACCCCGAGCGGGGAACCGGGGGUUCCGGGGAGUCCUGAGGGCCUGGGAGCCCCGCUCCCUCGUGGCUGGGGACCCCCAGUGGGAACCGGGGGAAUCUGGGGAGUCCUGAGGGUUCUGGCGCCCCGCUGCCUCGUGGCCUGGACCCUGAGCGAGAACCAGGGGAUCUGGGGAGUCCUGGGGUCCGGACGUCUCGCCUUCCUGGCCAGGGACCCAGAGCGGGAACUUGUGGGUCAAGGGGGUGUCCUGGGGGCCCACGCGAUUUCCUGCCUGAGGGAGACCCCACCACUGCCGUCCCGAAUUUCCCGCUGGGGGACCCUCGAUCGGGAACCUGCGGGCUCCGGGGUACCCUGUCCUCCCCUGCACCUGGAUUUCCUGCUGGGGGACCCGGAAGCAUCCCGGUGCCGUAUUUCUCGGGGACUUCGAACAAUAACUUAGGGGGUCCGGGGCGCCCCCAGGCCUUGCGCGAACUUGGCAGGUCGGCGGAUGUGGCGCGCCUGCUGACGGGUUCCAUUUCUGCUGCUGCCCAACUUCUCCCGGCCGGUACUCCCAGCGACAGCCCCCUCCUCCAUUCACUCUGUCCUCCCAAGUGAAGGUUUGCAAACCGAAGGCCGAGGGCCAGGGUUACGGGGGCCGGUCCCAGGUCUGCAUCCGGAGCACUCCGCGGGGUCCACCAUCUCAGCGCACCCGAGCCCCCUGAUGGGGCAUCUGCAACUGCUGUUUUUAUGUUGCUAGAGCUUCUUCCUGCUCAGCCCCCACCGCACCCUUAUGGGAAGCUGUUCGUGGGCGGCCUUGACUGGAGUACCACCCAAGAGACCCUGCGCAGCUACUUCUCCCAGUAUGGAGAGGUCGUGGACUGCGUGAUCAUGAAGGACAAGACCACCAACCAGUCUCGAGGCUUUGGGUUUGUCAAAUUCAAAGACCCCAACUGCGUGGGCACGGUGCUGGCCAGCAGACCGCACACCCUUGAUGGCCGAAACAUCGACCCAAAGCCAUGUACACCUCGGGGGAUGCAGCCGGAGAGGACGCGGCCGAAGGAAGGAUGGCAGAAAGGACCCAGGAGCGAUAACAGUAAAUCAAAUAAGAUAUUUGUCGGUGGAAUUCCCCACAAUUGUGGUGAGACAGAGCUCAGGGAAUACUUCAAGAAAUUCGGAGUGGUCACAGAAGUGGUCAUGAUCUACGACGCGGAGAAGCAGCGGCCUCGAGGUUUUGGAUUUAUUACUUUCGAGGACGAACAAUCAGUGGACCAGGCUGUCAACAUGCAUUUUCACGACAUCAUGGGCAAAAAAGUGGAAGUUAAGCGGGCCGAGCCUCGGGACAGCAAAAGCCAAGCGCCAGGACAGCCGGGUGCCAGCCAGUGGGGCAGCCGGGUCGUGCCCAGUGCCGCCAAUGGCUGGGCAGGCCAGCCCCCGCCCACGUGGCAGCAGGGAUACGGCCCACAAGGAAUGUGGGUGCCGGCAGGACAGGCGAUCGGUGGCUACGGUCCGCCUCCUGCGGGAAGAGGAGCUCCCCCCCCACCCCCGCCGUUCACCUCUUACAUCGUGUCCACCCCUCCUGGAGGGUUCCCACCUCCUCAGGGCUUCCCCCAGGGCUACGGCGCCCCGCCGCAGUUCAGUUUUGGCUACGGGCCUCCACCUCCCCCACCGGAUCAGUUUGCCCCUCCGGGGGUCCCCCCUCCACCGGCCACUCCGGGGGCUGCACCUUUGGCCUUCCCACCACCUCCGUCUCAGGCCGCCCCUGACAUGAGCAAGCCUCCAACCGCCCAGCCUGACUUCCCGUACAGUCAGUAUGGCCUGGGUACCUAUUCUCCAGACCCGCCAGGCUUCGGCCCACACUUUGUUUACACCCUUAUGGUCGGGCUGAGCAGUGAUGUGGCCUAGGGUACGGACAGGACUUGGCCAGCUUCGGACAGGGCUUCUCAGACCCCAGCCAGCAGCCCCCCUCCUACGGAGGCCCCUCGGUGCCAGGCUCAGGGGGUCCCCCCGCCGGCGGAAGUGGCUUUGGACGCGGUCAGAACCACAAUGUGCAAGGAUUCCACCCCUACCGACGCUAGCUGCGGGAGCCACGCGGACAUCAGGCGGCUGAGACCCAGGAUUCGAACUUGUGAACUCGUGACAAUCACAGACUUGGGCAGAGAUACCGACUCAACCAGGGGGGCGGGGGGGCGAGAGGCUUUGGAAGCGGCUGUGGGUAUCUGGACUGAAGUUUUUAAAUAUAUUUCUUUCUCUAACCCAUCAGCACAAUAAAAAAAAAGUCACUGGUUCAACAACAGGGUUUAAAGAAAAAGUCUUCAGCUUUAAUUCAAAACUUCAGGUUUCUUUUUCCUCCUUUUUUUUUUGAAAUUAUUUUCCUGAGCCUUUUGUUUUACCGUAUAUUGUAAACUUUUAUGUUAAAGAAAAAAAUAUACAUUUACAAAUUGUGAGAUUUUUAAGAGAAAUUUUCUACGAUGUAUACUGGCUUAUUUUUUAAUUUAAAACAGGGUUUCCGUCGGCACUGGUGGAGGUGAGGGGCAUUUUUAGUCCCUCACUCCUGGCUUUGAGGGUUGGGACUCUUUGGUCCAGAAACUCUGGGAGCUUGAAGAAGAAGUCCUACUGAGUGUGUUUUGUUUUUGUUUAUUCCUUGCUUUUGUCGACUGGCGUGCCUGGCAGUGUCUGCAGGCGCGCUGUGGGGGCCGCGCCGCCUGCGUCUGGCCCGGCGUGCAGGACCAGGAGGCCCGCAUCCCAUCGCCCGCACACGCGGCAUCGGGGCGUCCCCGCUGAGCAGUUUGAAUAAAGAAAGUGAGUUUGGAUUAGAAA